AUGACCCUUGCAAUGUCAAACUCAGCCUUUUUUUUUUCGUGUGCCUUUUGUUUCUUUUGGGGAGCUAUCACUGUUUUCGUGAAGGAGAAUGUUUUUUCCUUUUUUCUGUCGCAGUUACCUUUUCCGUCUGCCAAGAGUGAGUUAAUUGAAGGUAGCAACAACAACGACGAAUAUAGUGAUGACAACAUCAUCAACUACCUUAUCAUGAGAAGGGAAAAGAACAAGGAGAACCAAGACAACAACAACGACAACAUCAAGGCCAACCCGACCCCCGUAAAUGAAAAAGCGGUGUUCUGUGCUGGUGUCUCUCCCUCCCUCCCACCACAAUCACGCUCUGUAGCACCCUCGCCUGCCGUUGCAAACUUCGUCGGUUUGUCCCUUUCUUGUGCUUCUUCCGCGCGUGCACCAUGCUCUCUCCGUGGAUCCUCUGCUAAACCCAGACUGGCCACUUCCUCUGGUGUUGCUUCUUCGUGUGGUCUUUCCCGUCCUUCUUCUUUGUGCUCCGGCACCCUUCGUGACUUGUCGCUUCCUUCCUCUGUUCCCUCUUGGGCAAUAGGUUGCGAGUUGAUUACCAACGCUUUGUUGGCGAAUGAUGCUUUGGUUCGUGCGCCUUCUUUCGUGGCAGAAACCCAACUGCCGAAACAAAUGUGGACUUCCACCGCUGCUUCCUUCGAGAAUGUUGAGGGUUUGGAUGACUUUGCUUCUUCCUUGGCCGGUUGUGUGGGUAAUGAACAUCUUACCACAGGCGUAGCUUCUCCUCCUGCUACCGCUUGUACUGGUGUGUCCUCUUUUGUUGUUGGGGGUGAUAUGUCAGUUGAAUCCUUGCCUUUGGUCUCUCCUGUGCUCUCGUCUUCGUCUGAUCCCGGAAUAAAUCCGGUUGAUGUAUUACAGGACAACCCGGAUGUUGCUGCUGUGGAUUUGGGUUUGGGUGGUGCUGUUGUUCCUUUCGUUGCUGGAGGAACUUCAGAUUCUUCUUUUUAUUCUUGUUCUGUCGCAAGAUCUCCUCUUUUUGAGGUUAGUUCAGUUACUCCUGCUCUUGCACCUAAUACGGUUUCUUUGGGCUCAUCUUCCCCUUGGUGUUUUCCUGCUUCAGUGGAUGUCAAUCCCGCUAAGCCGUUCACCUUUGACAACGAGAUGGAUUGUGAUUUUGCUGUGUUUGGCUCCUGGGUUUCGGUGGGUUCUUCGUGGUCUUCUUCCUCUUCUUUUGUGGAUGAACACACAUCCCUCAAAAGAAAGUUAUCUUGCGCGAGUUUCCGUCCUUCGGACGUUGAACCAGAAGCCAAGUGUCAACGGUCGUUUCGUGUGUCUGGUUGGUCCGUUGCAGCCAAAAAAAAAAGUAAGCCUGUUCCUCCUUCUCCAGAAAGUGUCCCAGUCACGAAAGGAUUUUCCGGGGUUAGCCAUAAAACUCUCGUCUCUCACACCGGUCUACCUCGCCAGAAUAACGUUGAACAUCGUAACCGGGUGAGAGUCAAACGAGAGUUUAUGGGUUCCCUGGAAACAAUCCAUGAGGAGGAGGAGGAAACACCUUAA